AUCCUCAACAUCUCCUACUUAAAAUCAAGCAUCAACACUGUUUGAAGAUUCAUGGCUGUUUCCAUUUCAUUCAAUGGAAUGGCAUCCACUUUCCAUGGAAGCUGGAGCACUUCAUUCACUGCUGAAGAUUCAUAUGCUAAGCUCACAAAGUUCACUCCUAAAACCCUUCAUAUGCCCAGACAGAUUCAAAGUUCUCCGAGGAUGAUGGCCGGAAAAGAUAGCAGUAAAGGGAUCUUCGCACCUUUAGUUGUGUUUGCUCGUAAUAUUCUUGGUAAGAAGACUUUCAAUAAGCUGCGAGGGAAGGGAAUUGCUAUACAUUCGCAGGUGAUAACAGAGUUCUGCAAAUCUGUCGGAGCUGAUACAAAGCAGAGACAAGGGUUGAUCCGCCUGGCGAAAAAGAACGGAGAAAUGCUUGGAUUCCUGGCAUGAAGUGAUUUGAUGACAAUGUCUGCAUUUUCCUUUUGAUGUAAUCUUCUGGCAUGUAAUAGUAUCUGAAAACAGAAAUGAAAGAUAAGUAAUUCAACAG